AUGUAUACGCCUACAGUAUUCGUUAGUGGCGCUACCGGGUGCCAAGGAGGUGCCGUCGCUCGUUACCUCCGCUCCAAAGAUGUCCCUGUGCAAGCCCUCGCUCGAGACCCAGCCUCUGAGAAGGCCAAGGCCUUAGAGGCAAUUGGAGUCAAACUUACGCCCGGCGACUACGAUAACAAAGAAGCACUCAAAGAGGCCAUGGAAGGCUGUACGGCCCUUUUCCUUGUGCUUAUGCCUGAUUUCACAGACCUCACCGCCGAAAGGCGAUGGGCUACCGGCAUUUUCGACGCUGGCAAAGCAGCCGGUGUUAGGCAUGCCAUCUUCUCGAGCGGCUUCAGCGCUGGAGAUCCUGAUCAGUUGGGUGCCCUUGAGCCAGGAACUAUUCUGGGCACGAUUAUGCGCAACAAGCAUGGUAUUGAGAACCAGCUUCGGAAUGCAGAUUUCGAGUAUUGGACCAUCUUGCGCCCUGGGAACUUCAUGGCCAACUAUCUGGAACCGUUCGUCAGGAUGUAUCCCGGCCUCGUCGAAAAGGGUGUCUGGACGACUGCCCUUAUGCCCACAACUAUUCUGUCUAUGACUGAUACUGUCACGAUCGGCAAGUUCGGUGGCGAAGCUUUCCUGAACCCAGAGCGUUUCCACGAAAAGGAGAUCACAUACGCUGAUGAGUGGCUUGAGGUAGAGAUCGUUCUGCAGAAGCUCUCCAAAGCAGUGGGAAGGGGAUUGAAAGCCGAGUAUCUUUCUGAGGAGGAGAUUAAUGAUCAGAAGGUAACAAACCCCUUCAUUUCUGGACAGCUCUUGAUGCGAGAAAUGGCCAAGUUUGCAACCAAAGAGGAAGUCGAAGCAUGGGGAAUCCCGCUGAGCACGUUCGAUGCGUUCUUGGAACGGGAGAGCAAAGCUAUCAGGGAGACUUAUCGAAAGACCGAGUGA